GUUGUUGGCUCUUGGAAAUCGAGCACGCCAAAAACACUGUAUAUAUACACGGUGUGCUGUUCGUUGCCUCAAUCCGCCCUGUUAUACUCGCACACGCAAGAUUCUCUCUCUACACACACAUUAAACGAGCAGUGGAUCGCUUUAAUCAACAUCUAUCAUUUAAGCCGUAGAUAUUAAUUGAAAUCAUCAAUAUGCAGCUCACAUUAAAAAAUCUUCAGCAAAAGACAUUUACCGUCGAGAUCGACGCGUCGAAAACGGUGAAAGACCUCAAAGAUGUGAUCGAAGCACAGCAGAGUAUGCCAGCUCUACAUCAAAAGCUUAUUUACGCCGGCAAAAUCUUAGUCGAUGACCAACCAUUGAAGGAUUAUAACAUCGAUGAGAAAAAGUUUAUUGUAGUUAUGGUAUCUGCCCCAAAAACUACACCAGCAACUACUGCCAGUACCUCUAGUGACGAUAAAAGCUCUGAAAGUAGUAGUGAACAAACCACGACUGUAACGACUACUCCAACCACUGAAACUCCUGCUAGUUCAGCAACAGUUGCCCAGCCUACAACUCAAUCAACCAGACCGACUGAAAGUAACCCAGCAGUACCUACUGCAAGGGCUGAAAGAACAAAUCAACCUGAAAGUGCAUUACUCGUAGGAGAUGAUUAUAAUACAAUGGUCAAUAAUAUCAUGGACAUGGGAUAUGAGCGGGAUCAAGUAGAACAAGCACUAAGGGCUAGCUUCAACAAUCCGGACAGGGCAGUUGAAUAUUUACUAACAGGAAUACCACCUCAGAUUUUUGCGGAUCCUCCAGAAGAUCCUGCUGCUCCUGCUGAUGCUCCUGCAGCUGAUACUCUUCAAGAAGGUCAAGAUCCUCUUGCUUUUCUACGCAGUCAACCACAAUUUCAUCAAAUGAGAGGUGUUAUCCAACAAAAUCCACAAUUACUUAACCCUGUGCUACAACAAAUCGGACAAACGAACCCAGCACUUCUUCAGCUAAUAUCACAGAAUCAAGAAGCAUUUGUUCGAAUGCUCAAUGAAGCACCUUCUGGUGCCGAAGCAGCUAGUGGUGGUGGCACUGGAGGAAGCAAUAUUACAGCUGGAAGUGGUACUGGAAGUGGAGCGCUGAUUAACAUAACUCCUCAAGAUAAAGAAGCUAUUGAACGAUUGAAAGCCCUUGGAUUCCCAGAAGAUUUAGUUGUUCAAGCAUAUUUUGCAUGUGAAAAAAAUGAAAACCUUGCUGCUAACUUUUUGUUAGCUCAAAAUCUUGAUGAUUAAUUAUUUUUUAUGACACUUGCGACAUAAUCAAGGUACUUCUUGCAGACAAAAUAAUUUUAUUGUUAUAAAUAGUCUGGGUUUGCUAUACCUUUAUUAUGUCGCCAAUUCAUUGGCAAAUUACAACAUAAUUACCAAAACUCUGAAUAAUCUUUUAUUUGAAGUUUAAGCUUUAAGAAAACUUAAGAUCUUUCAUGUGAGACCUAGAAACAAAUAUUUUGUUGUUUCAUAGAAAAUUUAUUUCUUUUUAACAAAAAACAAAUUAAAAUGUAAAAAAAUAAGCAAUUUGGUUGAAACAGAUGUGCAUCUAAUAUCUAUGCCGGUAGCUAUUAUAAUGAGAAUGCAACAUCAUAUAAGUACAUUUGAAAAUGGUUGUGCUGUUGUAUCACUGACGAAAUUUAGCACAAUAUUUUGUUUGUAUUUAAAUUAUGAUUUUUAAGGAUUGUAAAUAUGUACAUAUAUAAAUGUUUUGCAUUCUCAUCGUGUAUGUAUACAAAACUGCUACUUAUAAAUAUAAAAUUAAUACAAGUUCAUAUGCUGCUGUUUUAUUAUGCACUAUGUACUUAUAUAUAUACACACCACUAAGACAAUGUAAUUGCUUUGUAA